AUUUUCAGGGAAGUGCCAACUUGUGUCUCAAUUUUGAAUGGCAAAUUAGAGUUGCGAAUCUGGUAGCAAUGCGGCGACCUGGGAAACAUUCAGCGUCACCCUUAUCAUCCACAGCUGCUGCGUCAACAGCCAAGACAACGAACGCCGUAUCUAAAACGGAAUAUAAAAUGACCUGGAAAAACGCGGUUUUGAAAAUUGGGAGGCAAAAGGCGGAAUCAGUUGCCGGCAAUCCAGAAAACCGGAAAACCGGAAAGGAUACGGUUGUAGCUAUGAUUGAUGACGAUUCUUCCAGAGCGCACCCGAGUAAAUCACCAUUCUUGAGCAAGAAGAAGUCGAUCUCAAAGAUGGGGAAGCGAACCAGAACAUCCUUUUUUGAUUCUCCCCAAACUAAAAUUGCAAGACGGGUCGUAUCUUCUGUUAAAAGUGACACUGAAAUAUCUUCUAAUUCUGAAAUAAAUGGUGGCGAAAGAAAUAACAGCACUAUGUAUGGAGUUGCUAAUCAGAAUGAUUUUGCUCAAAAUUCGUCGACUUCUUCAGUCACUUCUCCGAUCGCUCUGCAGCCAUAUUUAUGUAAAGAAGAAGAGCAAACGGGAGGAGAUGAGUUAGCAUCAUUUGUCGGUUCAUCAGUUUCUCCGCAAUUUUGCUCAUGUUUAACGCAGCUAUCAGCAGUUGCUGAUGGUUCGAAUAAAAAGAUGGAGAAUCUAAACGAAGAAACAGCAAAUUUGUUAGAAGAGACUGAAAUGCUGGAAUGCAGCACAACAACAAACAAUAGCAGAGAGUUGAGCGAAGAAGAGAAACACAUGAUUUUGGUUGAUUUUGAUGCGGGAAUGCUGCCGCAUGAAAUCGAAGAGAAGUAUGGAGUAAGCAAAUUGCAGAUCGCUGAUGUACUGUCAAAUCGUAUUUCGAUAUUUCGUACUAAUUGGUCUGAUCUAUUCACCUUAAAACGUCGUCGCACUGUUUAUGUACGUUUGAAUAUGCAAAUGUGGAACUACUUUUGUCAGUGCCGGGAUCAGAAAAUUUGGCUCAAUGGUCGACAGCUGAAAGAACAGGCUUUGAAAAUAGCCCAUGAAUUAGGACUACACAGUUUCAAAGCCUCCGAGGGUUGGUUAGAUUCAUUCAAAAGGCGUCACUGCAUUGAUCUCAAGGCAAUGACUGGAAAACCCGUGAUUUACGAAGCAGAUCCUGAGGAUUCGAGCUCUGUAAACGAUGGCUUGGAAAUAAAAAUCUCUCGAUCAACAGCACCGAGUCCAAGGUUGACUCGAGACACCAAUUCGCUAUCCACCGUGUUAGAUGCAAAUAAAUUCUUGAUGGAUGCGGCAGAUGCGGCUGUUCUUGCUUCAGCUGAUGGUUCUGAUAGCGGUAUAGCAGUGACAAGUCCAACUCAGGCUACGGCGGCAAUUCGGACGACCAGUCCAUUGGAUAUACAACGACUUUUACCUGGCCCAUCAACCGUGAAUGAACAAAAUUUGUUACUUCCAACAGUUAAUGCUUCUGAAAUUGGUGCAUCAUCAGUUCAAGCGCUGCUUGAAACGUGCUGUUAUCGUGUAAAUGAAAUUGAGGUUGCACAGGCUAUAGAUACUUUGCGUGCCUACAUUGUUUCAAACAAUAUCAAUCUGUUACCGGUACUGGUAGAACUGCAAAAAAGUUUGGCUGCAAUAGCUGCACAGCGGAAAGCGACCGAAAAGACGUCCAGCGGGAUUUAGCAUGACUUCAAGAUAUUGCAGAAUGUCAUGUUCAAAUAAUUUUUCUUUUUGUUUGUCAAAUUUUUUUCCACUGCAAAGAAGUGAAAUGCUAGUAGAUGAAAAGAAAAUUUUUUAUUGAUUGAAAUAUUUGAAAGUAUGCUGCCUUCCUUUCAUCCUUUAUCGGUACCAAAUUAUUUUAAUAAUCCUAGACAUUUUGUGAGAAUUAAUAGUUUAUAGCAGAUGACUUUGCAUACGGAAGUCUGUUUCCAUACAGGAAUUCCGUUUAUAAACUAUUAGAUUUGAAGUUCACUGCUGAAUGAUUGUCACUUAUGAUCACUACUAUCUGUUGCGUGUGCCAUUGAAAAUGUGUUUCCUAAGAGGACGUUAUUGACAAAUUU